AUGAAUGCGUUGUUUUGGACUGUAUUGUGUGUUGGUGCGGUGGCUUUAUUCGGCAUCGCAGCAACAAUUGUGGUGUCUCUCAUCCCAACUUAUAUAGAAAAGGAUACCAGUGCGCUCGCCAAUUUGAAAGGAACGCCAUUUAGCAUGAAGUAUAAUAUUAAUUCAGGAAGUUUUGCGAAUGGUGAUCUUCCUGCGACCCAUCGUAAUGCAAUUAACGCGCAAUUAUCGAACCUCAUACAAGAAAAAGUAUCAGUUGAACUAACCUCGGCAACGGUUAAGAGUGCAGCAUCAAAACAAUCGCUGUUUCGUCGUCAAGCCACUCAAUCUGUAGUACUCGAAAUUCGUGGUGCUAUCAAAGGACAAAAAGGAUGUGCGACACGAUGUACACUCAAUGCUGUGAAAAAGUUUCAAUCAGCUCUUUGUACUACUGAACUUCUCUUAACUCAAUAA